AUGUCGGUGUUUCUUUUACCUGUUCGUGUCUGUGACUCGCUGGAGAAGAUGUUUAACCGGUAUUGGUGGGGUGGUGGAGGUACAAGAACUCGGGGGAUCCAUUGGCUAAGUUGGGAUAGAAUGUGCAUUCCCAAACCAAAAGGCGGGUUCGGCUUUAAGAGAUUACAUGAUUUUAAUAUGGCUCUGUUGGCCAAGCAAGGGUGGCGGCUUUUAAUUCAUCCUGAAUCACUCGUAACCCGUCUGUUAAAGGCCAAAUAUUACCCUAUGACGGAGUUUAUGGAUGCGCAAAUAGGGCAGAAUCCUAGCUUUAUUUGGCAUAGUAUUCUUGCCGGGAGGAGAGCUUUACAGUUGGGCGUUGCUCGUCGGGUGGGGGAUGGUCGUGACACAAAGAUAUGGGGUUGGGAGUGGCUCGCUGGACCUGCAAAUGAUAUCCCCAGAAUUUUGGCUACCCCAGUGAACAAUCAAUUUCGGGAUAGUUGGCGCUGGAAAGGUGACAUCCGAGGGUGCUACACGGUCCAACAUGGGUAUCGUUUGUUGGUCGGGGAGGCGAAUCUGCAAGGAGACACUCACGGCUUUACGGCGUGGAAGGCUAUUUGGGCGUUGCCAAUCCCUCCCAAGGUGAUUGUGGGUUCUUUAGUGGAUGAAGCAGUACGGUUGGCAAUAGGCAUCUGGACCAUCUGGUUAUCACGAAAUGAAGUGGUAUGGAAUAAUAAGCAACCUUCGGCUAUGACAGCCCGUGCGCAAGUGCUACAGCUUCAAUCUUGCUGGACAGAAACAUAUAAGGUUCAAUCCACUGCCAGUACGCAUGCGGUCACUUGGUCUCCACCUCCGAGUAACUUUAUCAAAUGCAACAUUGACGCUGCAUUAUCAGGGGAUGGUGCAAGCUACGGGGCGGUUGUCCGGGAUUCCGAGGGUCAGUUUGUUGCGGCUAAAUGCGGGCGUUUGGAGGGUGUAGUUGAUCCUUACAUAGCGGAGGUGCUUGGUGUCAAGGAAGCCUUGUUAUGGCUUAGUUCGCAACAUCGUCGCAAUAUCAUUAUUGAGUCUGAUUGUUUAAAUUUUUGUACAGCUUUUAAUUCGUGUAGUUUCGAUUUUUCGUGUGUUGGUCUUUUAGUGAAGCAAUGUCUGUCGAUUGCUAGUAUCAUGGAGAAUGUUAGUGUAUCCCAUGUCAAGAGAUCAUCGAACCGUGUGGCUUACGAGUUAGCUCGGGCGACCGUUUCUAUGGCUGGCUCAGAGGUGUGGACUGAAAUCCCACCGGCUUGUAUCAUGCGAUAUUUGAAUCAGUAA